UUCGGUUUUUGGUUUCUUUCUACUUUUCGGACGCUUCACUUAAAAUAUUCUCAACUGAAAUUUGUUCCAAGAAAAAAAUUUUUCAUUUGCUCGUGCGUUGUAGCAAAUCUCUGUACCAAAUCCAAAGCAAACUAAGCCAAAGCCCGGAAGGAACGACAGCUUCAACAUGUCGGAGUCGGAAUCGAUCUGUCACAAGUGCAAUGAGGUCAUACAGCAGCGCAUCAUUACGGCCCUGGGCAAGACCUGGCAUCCGGAGCACUUCGCCUGCAAGGACUGCCACAAGCCGAUCACCGAGCCCACCUUCAACAUACAGAACGGAGAUCCCGUUUGCUCCGAUUGCUUCGUGAGCAACUACUCGGGCACCUGUUUCGGCUGCAAGAAGCCCAUCUUGGAGCGCACCAUCAAGGCCAUGGAGCAGUCGUGGCAUGAGGAGUGCUUCGUGUGCGCCGGUCCAUGCAAGACGCCAUUGGUGGGCACCUCGUUCUAUGAGCGAGACGGUAGGCCCUACUGUCGCGUCGACUUCGAGCAGCUGUUCGCGGCGCGCUGCGCCGGCUGCGGCCAGCCGAUAACGGAGAACGCGAUUGUGGCGCUGAAUGCCAAGUGGCAUCGGGAUUGCUUCAAGUGCAAGAAGUGCCUGACGCCCAUUACGGCGAGCACGUUCGCCGUGGAGGACAACAAGCCGCUGUGCACGACCUGCUCGGACUAGGCGGCCGGAGGGAAUGGCCAGGAGACACUACAUUAAUAGACCUUUCGCUGUAUAUUAUAGAUGUUUAUGGUAUUUGUAGUAUUCGCAGUUGUUGAACAAAGUUAAAACCUAACGAAAUUCCUUAGAGCUUAAUAUCAAGAAAUUCGAAGGUCCAAAAGCUAACAAACGGUAAAAGGUGUUAAGCCACUUUUCCACACACACACACACACACACACUCGCCACUUGGGAGAGCUUAUUGCUGCUUUC